GAACACUUUGAUAACCAAAGUCUAGACAUCAUAAACACGUUAUGGAUUUACACCAUAAAUGAAACAGAAAAGUUCUAUAGAUCAUGGAAUGGAAAUUCAUUUUCAUUUGGGGGUCUAUCCUUCUCAGUUUGAGGAUUACUCAUCAGGCAGCUAACGUGGCUCUGGGUGGAGUGGCUGCGCUGUCUUCACUGUUGGACCCCUUGCUUUUACCAAACUUGGUGAUUGAUGGCAAACCUUAUUCAGACUACGCAUCUCAGAGCUGUGUUUCCACUUUGAGGGAGGACGACCCCUGGUGGAGAGUGGACAUGGGGCGUCCGCAUGAAAUCUCAACAAUUGAAGUCAUUCGGAGAUCAGAUUGCUGCGUUUCUGAGCUAAAUAGGGCGGAAAUCCGCAUUGGUAACUCACUGGAGAACAAUGGCACCAACAAUCCUAGAUGUGCAGUCAUCACUGGGACCAAUGACAUUUACAUGACCUUCCACUGCAACCCGAUGAGAGGACGUUACGUCAUCAUUUUCCUCCCUGGAGUAAAUAGAACACUUCAGCUUUGUGAGGUCAAAGUGUACCCUGCAACUGUUACAGGAGCUAACGUGGCUCUGGGUGGAGUGGCUGCACAGUCUUCGUUGUGGGACCCCUUGUUUUUACCACACUUGCCGAUUGAUGGCAAACCUUAUGCAAACUAUUGGUAUGGGAGCUGUGUUUCCACUCUGUAUGAGAACAACCCCUGGUGGAGAGUGGACAUGCGGGGUCCAUAUGACAUCAUAUCAGUUGAAGUCAUCCGAAGAUCAGAUUGCUGCGUUUCUGAGCUAAAUGGGGCAGAAAUCCGCAUUGGUAACUCACUGGAGAACAAUGGCAACAACAAUUCCAGAUGUGCAGUCAUCACUGUGAACAGUAACAUUACCAUGACCUUCAAUUGCAAACAGAUGAGAGGACGCUACGUCAACAUUUUCCUCCCUGGAGUAAAGAGGAGACUUCAGCUUUGUGAGGUCAAAGUGUACGCUACUACCCACGUUACAGGAGUUAACCUGGCACAGAGAGGUACAGCUACACAGUCUGCUGAACCAGCUUCUGCUGAAACUGCUCCACGUAAGGCCGUCGAUGAACGCCCUGGGCCGAAGCAGUCGCGGGAAACCUGUGCCUCAGUCCCAAUGCGAAAUAAUCCCUGGUGGCGACUAGACCUGAGGAGUAUCUACCGCAUAACUGCUGUGUCAAUCAUCAGCGUUGGAGACUGCUGCUCAGAGGAGCUGAAUGGUGCUGAGAUCCGCAUCGGCCUCAGGAGUGACACCAGCAACCAAAGGUGUGCCAUCAUCUCCAUUGCAGAGGGACAGCGCAAAUACAACUACCAUUGUGGAACAAUGGAAGGUCGCUUCGUCCAUGUAGUUCUUCCUGGACUACUGAAGACUUUGACUGUUUGUGAAGUACGGGUGUUUGGUACUCUGCUUGAAAAUGUAGCUUUGAGAGGAGUAGCUUUUCAAUCUUCCUCAAGAUGGAAAGCCGAAAAUAAAGCUAGCACAGUUAUUGAUGGCCGUAGGUCUUCCACCUGCAGCAGAACUCAAAACAAACCCGGUCAGUGGGUGAAAGUGGAUCUACUGGUUCCCUACAAUGUGACUGCGGUCCAGCUUGCCUACAGCAAGGACUGCUGCUAUAAUGCCAAUGUCCGAGUGGACAACACAAGAUGUGGGGUCAUCCCAAGUGGUUUACAAUCUCUGGUGACCCUGGAUUGCGGUGGUGCUGUGGGUCGCUAUGUGACUGUAUUCCAUCCUUUCAUACCACCGUCUCUGUGUGAGGUGGAGGUCUAUAGCACUCGGAUAAAUCUUCAAAACAAAGUCCCUCAGCAGCCCCCGCGCCAUGAUUACUGUUCCCCCUCUUCCUGCAGCCGUGACUACAUUCUCAUUCACAAUCAACCUAAAACAUGGUUUGAAGCCCAAACCUACUGCAAAGAGAGGCACGGUGACCUGGCCUCCAUCAACAACGUCUGGGACAUGAACAGGGUCAUCGAUAAAAUGGAGAAAGACUUCAACGACUUUUGGAUUGGGCUGUAUGAAGAUGUCGUAACCUGGAAGUGGUCUCUGUCAGAAAAGGGUUACUAUAGAGACGGUGAAGCUGAGUUCAGGAACUGGGGUGUUGGUGAACCCAACUACAAAAGUGUCAUCCGGCACUGUGCUGUCAUACGACACACGGGUGAAUGGAAAGACCUGGACUGUGACUUACUUCAGUACUUCUUAUGCUUUGAUGGCAAAAAAGGUGCACCCGAAACAAAGAUUCUCGUGAAAACAGCAUUGAACUGGACCGACGCUCGACGCUACUGCAGGGAGCACCACACAGACCUGCUCAGCGUGAGGAACUGGACUGAGAACCAUGAAAUCAAGAGCAUGGUGCCGGCUGGAAAGCGGGUCUGGAUCGGCCUGUCAGGAGAAUCCUGGAAGUGGUCAGAUAGGAGUCACUCCUCGUUCAGAUACUGGUCUCAGGAACCACUUAGCAGCUUAAGAGGGGGUCCAAACUGUGUUCAUGUCUAUGACGGGAAAUGGAGCGUAAGGUCCUGCAACACCAAAUCUAUGUUUCUCUGCUACUACUUUAAGAAGAAGAAGAGAUCUGUGUUGAGGAUCAGCGCUGACUUUGACAUGAGUGACCCGGCCAUCCAACAACAAAUCUUGAGCCAGCUGGAGGCAGAGAUGAAAAACAAGGGCAUCAGUGAUUUCAAGAUUCGCUGGAGGAUGUCAGGACGACUUUCACACAAGGAAGAGACAGCACGGUAA